AUCGGCUAGAUUCCUGCUCAAGCAACAAUAUUACGAUGCUUAUCUUCGACCAUACCCGAAACAGUAAACUCUCUGUAUGCGAUAACCGCAUGGCGGUGGCUUACAAGCUGACACAGCCCCGCAAAUCCACUGACAUGCACCGAUCUCAUUGGUCUCCGGCUGAUAGCACAGCCUCCGUAGCCCCUCGUAGCAUCCUAUCAUCUCAUCAGGCAUCCACCAUCCAGCAAUGAAUUGCCAGCUUGUAAGUGACCGGCAAAGCGGCAGUAGCUGGCUGAUAGACAUAAUAGCGGUGCUGCCGCACGGUUGAUCUUGCGACGAAUUACUUACUACUUACUCACACAGAGCAAUACUUACCUACCACAACAUAGGAAGAAUCGUUGGAAUCGUGAAAGAAGAUGGGCAUCCCUACAACCCCACAAGAAGCAGCACCCGCCUAUGAAGAAGUAUUCCAUGACCAUCCUGUGAACCGCUACGCGCCCUCUGGAUCAGCAUCAGCCUACACAACCGUACCCCAAACCGACGAUCACGACAUUGAACUGCGCGCUGAACCCCACAAUCAUGACCACAACCACACAUCCUCUUCCGGCAACCCUUCUUUGUCAACAACAAACCCCGAGACUUUGGCUCAGACUAUCACCAAUUUCCUUCGACCGAAUGCUGAGCCGCAUACACAUUGCGAGGUAUGCGACAACCAAGUGCAGACAGAAGCGAGACGGAGGCGGGAGAGUGAGAAGUACUGUUGUACCAUGGUUGCAGCCACAUUCAUGGUGUGCUUUAUCUGCGGCAUGUUAUUAGGCAUUGCGAUUGUUACCGUGUCUGCGAAGAAGAAGAGGGCUGAGAAGUAGAGGGGUAACAUGUGGGUUCUUCAGUCAAUCGGUCUAUCGCGCAAUUGAAAAAAUCGUCAAUUUCUAAAUCUAAAUUCCUAAACC